AUGACCCGACGCGAGCAGGAUGCCCUGCUCGCUCUAUUCAACUCCUUCCGUCCCUCGCGGCGAGUCACCACGUUUGACCAGCUCUCCGAUGGCAAGGUUCUGUUGGAGGUUAUGCAUUCCAUCGACGGCACCCACUUCAAAGGCGGACCCAAGUCUCACGCGCGCACCUCGGGCUCGGGCGCCACCGGGCAGGACAACUGGGUGCUCCGCAUGAAUAUAAUGAAACGCCUGUACCGCCUCAUGCUGAGUUACCCGCUCAACCACCCCAAUGCCCCUACGCUCGCUGUAACAACUCUCCCGGAGCCCAACUUUAAUGCCAUUGCACGCCUCCCGAAAAGUGCCGAGGGCACGACUGGCCUCAUCCAGAUCUGCCGCAUGUGCGUGGCAGUCGGUGCCAUGGGCCCAGCCAACGAGCGCGUCAUUGCCAAGAUCCAGGCGCUCGAUGAGGGAUCAAUGGUCGAGCUCAUGAAGACAAUAGAGGGCGUCAUGGCCACCCUUCCCAAUGGGCACGAUGGCGAAGAGUCCCAGAAGGAUACGCCACACGACGUUAGCCCACCCAACUCGGCGCUGCGUGAAGAACGUGACCGCUUGCUAUCGGAAAACGACGACUUGCGCACGCGGAUCGAGGGGAUGACGGAGCAAGUGCAAACACUCAAUAGCAGUCUGAACGCCGCCAAAGAGAGCGAGGAGGCAUACCGCCAGAAAACGUUGGAGAGCGAUGCGACACGGACCAAGGACGGGCCGUCCGAAACAGACAACUUACGCGCCGACCUCGCGCGUGCAGAGGACGGCCUCGCCGAGACCGAGGCCGCACUAGAGAAACAGACUACCCUCGUCGCAGAGCUGACACGUUCGGUUGAUGAGCUGCGAGCCACCGCCACCGACGUCGGCAAGCUACAGGACGAGGUCGACGAACUGCGACAAGUCGAGGACCGAUUGCACAAGUCUGAAAACGUCAUUGAAAAGUACAAGAAGAAGCUCGAGGAGGGCGCGGGGUUGCGUCGCGAGCUGCGAACUUUGGAGGAAGAGAACGCCGCCCUCAUCGACAAGAACUCGCACCUCGAGGGUGAUCUCAAGAAGCUCGGAGCGAACAAGUCACUCGUCGACCACUACAAGGGCCAGAUUGAUGCUCUCGAGAAGAAGGCGCACGAUCAGGCCGCCGAGUUUGCACACCUGAGCGUUCAGCUCGAGGAGGUGCAAGAGUCACUCGCCGCCAUGGAGCGCGAGCGCGACAUGGUGCAGGAGGAGCUGCAGGCAAGCCAGGAGCGUGUCAAGGAGUUGGAGCACGCACCGAAGCGCCACCAGUCAAUGUUGCAGAUCUCGGACAAGAAUCUUGAGAUCGAACUCGAGCAUUCGGACUCGGAAGACAACGUCAGCAAGACUGACCUCAAGCUGCGCAUACGUGCGCUAGAGCGCCAGCUUGCCGACAAUACCGUGCCCGGCGACCAGGCUGACCGCAUGGCGGCGCUCGAGCAGCUCCUCACCGAGACGGAGAAGGCGCGUGAGCGCUACCAGACCGAUUACAUGUCCGCCAACCGGCAAGCCCAGCUUGCGCAGGCCAAGCUCGAGCACAUUCUCACGGGGCGUGGUGGCGACAACACGCAGACUGCACUCGCCCUCAGACAACGCCUGGACGACGUGUCGAAUGAGCGUGACACGCUGCGCAAGGACAAGCAAGCUGCCGAGGACGCACACGAGGACCUCGUGCGCCAGCUCACGUCUGCUCGUUUCGACCUCGGUCUUGUCGACAAGGACAAACGCUCGAUCAUUGCGUCCGCGCGCUCCGAGGCCAAGACGGAGACUGUCCAGUUCAGCGAGCAGGUGACCUCCCUCAAGGACGAGCUUGCGACAUUACGCGAGCGCGACCGCCUGCACCUUGAGGAGAUUCGCCGCUUGAUGAUGGACAAGAUAGAGCUCCAGUCAGUAGGCAUGGCGCACAACCAGGAGGCUCUCGAGCGCGAGCGCAAGCUCAACGAUCUGCGUACGUCGCUCGAGACGACCGGCACAUCACCACAUUCACAGGCACAAAUACUUGACUUGCAGACGCGAAACGACGUGCUCACAACCGAGGUCGCGAGCCUCAGCGACAAGCUCAAGAAGGCACGUGCGUUCAUCAAGAACCAGGACGCCCUAUUCCGUGCCGAGCACCACAAGAAGCUGUCGACUGGCUUUACGCAGCAGGGUCAGGACUACGAGAGCAAGAUCGCCGCGCUCAAGAACGAGCUCAGCGUGGCCAAGCACAAUGCCCUCUCGAUCGACAGUCGCUACCGCCUCGAACAGCAGCUCAUGUUGGCAGCUUGGCACGACCUGGGUGCGCGUGUCGUUCGCGACCACGUCGGUGCCGCUGGUCUGCGGCGCCCCGCUGUCCAGCGCGCGGCGGGUACGUCGUGGCUUGCGCGCCAACGCAAGCAUCAGGACGACGCCCUGUUCGCCAGGUGA